GUGUCUUACCGGUGAUGAAUCGGUUCGCUUCCGGAGCCAGUGUGAAAUAAAUCUGGAAAUCUGAUUUUCUUUUUUUCUUCCGGUUCGAUAUUUAUGUCACUAAUUUUACCAUGUAAUAUUUUAGUGAAAAUAUCACAUGGAUUCAAUGAACUAGUGAUGUAGGUUUGUCACUUUCUCAAUAGUGGUGUCCUCGGGAGAAAAAUAUUGUACCUGUAUUUCUCUCUCUGUUUCUUCAAUUGCUGCGAAAAUUAGAUUCCAGGAGGUUAGCAUCAAAAUAAAAGCCACCAUUCUGCUGUCAUAAGCCAACAUGCAUUUGUUUGUAUGCUUGACCUCUUUUAUGUUGACAAUUCACUUGUCAACUCUAAGAGCUAGCAACUCUUCCGAAACUACAGAAUCGACAGUGGGACCUCUCAUGUUCUACACACUUGCGCCAAAUACUACUCUGAAGAUCAACUCUGAAUCGCCUUCAGAGAGCCAACUUCCAAUGCUCAAUACUACUGCAUCUGAAGCCACAUCAUCGACCACAAAUUCUCUAGAUCUUGCGCCAAAUGAAUCAUCAAAUAAAUCGCCAACAACAUCUUUCGCUACUGAAGCCAGUUCUCACACCGAAAUCCAAACUGAAUUGAUGACCAGACUGACAACUGACCAAGAAUCAACCAAAAGUCCUUCGACAACAACUUCUACGAUAACUCUCCGAAGUUCCUCGACAACACCGACAACCACAGAAGAUCAAGGAAUAGAAAUCAGCACUAUGAACACUGUCUUAUCCAGUACAGAACACAUUCAAAUGAUAUUGCGAACAUCCCUUUCUCCAGUAAUUUCAGAAAAUAUUACUCCUUAUGAAGAAGUGGUUGAACACAAUGCUAUUCCAAGAUUCUAUUCUUUGGAAUGA